AGCAAGGGGGUAUUUUAAUCAAUGUUGAAUGCAUGUAGUACAUAUGUAUGUAGGUAUAUUUAGGUGCAUGUACCUACUAUAUAAUAUAUAUACAACCCAACAUCGAAGAGAUGAGAAAAAAAAAAGGAACGGUUGCGUUCGUUCGUUCGUUUCUCCCUCUCUCUCAAAAAAAAAUCAUAUAAUGUUUGUUUUGUUAUUCAAUGCUUUUUUCUCUUUUAUACACCCCAUGAAACCCGUUAAGAUGCUUUGAAGUUAAUUCGUUCGUAAUGUUUCCGGUAAAAAGCCUGCCUAGGUUUUACCCACACACGCACACGACCCUUUCCUUGAUUAACCCUCCCUCCCUUCCCCCCUCCCACGCCGCCGUCCUGCGCCGUUUGAAAAGUUUAUGAAACCCAGAAACCCAGAAAAAAAGCAAAAAACAGUUU